CGCGAGCAAGGACUAACAGAGCCCAAAGGCCCGGCGGGACAGGCGCCGGCUGCCUGAAGCUCCGGUCCUUCGGGGGCUCCCCUCCAGCGGGGCGAGGCUCUCUCUGGCCGCCUCGACGGUGAGGGAGGGUACAGAAGGAGCCCCGCGCGGCCCCAGCUGAGCGGGCGCUGCGGGCAUCAGGCGGCCGCGCACCAUCGCCGGCUCUGCUCCGCCGGGCUGGCCCCGCUCCCGCCCUCCCGCCAAUGACGGCCGGAGCCGUCACCGCGCUGCGUCACGGCGCGGCCGCCAAGAUGGCGAAGGUGUCGGAGAUGUACGACGUGACUUGGGAAGAUAUGCGUGAUAAAAUGAGGAAAUGGAGGGAAGAAAACUAUCGAAACAGUGAACAGAUAGUGGAUGUUGGAGAAGAGUUAAUUAAUGAAUACGCAUCUAAACUUGGAGAUGACAUUUGGAUAAUUUAUGAACAGGUGAUGAUUGCUGCCCUGGACUGCAGUCGAGAUGACUUGGCACUGUUUUGUCUUCAGGAACUGAGGCGGCAGUUUCCUGGGAGCCACAGAGUUAAACGAUUAACUGGAAUGAGAUUUGAAGCCAUGGAAAGGUAUGAUGAUGCUAUCCAGUUAUAUGAUAGAAUUUUACAAGAAGACUCAACUAAUACAGCAGCAAGAAAGCGUAAGAUUGCCAUUCGAAAAGCCCAGGGGAAAAAUCUCGAGGCCAUCCGAGAGCUGAAUGAGUAUCUGGAACAAUUUGUUGGUGACCAAGAAGCUUGGCAUGAACUUGCAGAACUUUACAUCAAUGAACAUGACUAUGCAAAGGCAGCCUUCUGCUUAGAGGAGCUUAUGAUGACUAAUCCACACAACCACUUAUAUUGUCAACAAUAUGCUGAAGUUAAAUACACUCAGGGGGGGCUUGAAAACCUUGAGCUGUCAAGAAAGUAUUUUGCACAAGCACUGAAGCUUAACAACAGAAAUAUGAGAGCUCUAUUUGGACUUUACAUGUCUGCCAGUCAUAUUGCUUCCAAUCCAAAAGCAAGUGCAAAAAUGAAAAAAGAUAAUAUGAAAUAUGCCAGCUGGGCAGCAAACCAAAUAAACAGAGCAUACCAGCUAUUCUUAAUGAUCUGCCAAUCAAAGAUUAUACAUAAGUAAUCCUGGAUGUCAACAUGAUACUGUCCAAUUCUCCCCACAACUUUUUUGAGCAAAAGUGUUGGUGUUAAAUGCAAAGACUUUGUAUAAAUAUAGCUCUUCUUUCUUCCUGCAAUAUUUCAGUAUUGGAACACAAUAUUUAAUUUUUUUCUUCUUGCUACUGUUUCACAGUUAAUACUACCAAAUGGCCUUUUUACAAGCAGCAUCUAUUAUGGAAUUAAAUUAGAUUUUCCUUUUACAGACAGUUCAGUUUUCUUAAUACUUAACUGCAUUUCAGUUCCUUGCCAAGUGUGAAGCUUCUUGUGGCUGAUGUGUUUUUGAUAUAUUCCAACUUAGAGGUAUUUUCCAUUUCUCCUAAUUGGCCCUGUAGCUUCUGACUGUACAGUGAAGAGCAUUGUAUCCCUGGGGACAAUGAAGCAUUUUAUACUCAUGUGCCUAAAGUUUAUUUCUCUUCUGCUCUUUAAAUAGCUCUGCUUU